CGUAACUGUCGUAGUAUCGACGCAUUUCCUUACAAGCACGAGUACUUAAUCAAUCAGUAAUUAAAAUGAAAAGGUUGAUAAUUCGUAGAAAUGCCCGCAUUUUCCAAUAUUUGGCGAUGAUAACAGGCAACCUGAGCAUCGUGUCAAGCGGAAUGCACUACGGAUGGCCCUCCCCGUCGCUCCCUCAGCUGCAGCGACCCAACUCCACGUUUCACGUGGCGAACCACGAAGGCUCUUGGUUGGCAGCAAUGCCGCUCGUCGGCGCGGCCAUCGGUGCACUUAUGGGUAUCGCGCUAGUAGAUCGAAUCGGCCGUAAGGCGACGAUUUUGCUCACCGCUCUGCCGUUUUUCGGCGCGUGGCUCGCGGUGGGCUUCGCCCGAGCGUUUCCCGUCUUGCUACUCGCGAGGUUAGUAGCCGGGAUCGGCGACGGAAUUUGCUUCUGCGCGCUGCCGAUCUACCUGAACGAAAUCGCCGAGCCCGAAGUUAGGGGGUUACUCGGUUCGAGCUGCUCGGUAACGCUGGUUUUGGGUAUGCUGCUGAUCAACAUCGUCGGCUCGUAUACGUCCAUUAAAACCGCGGCGCUGAUCUCCUCCGCGGUUCCCCUGAUGCUCUUCGUCACCUUCAUCUGGAUGCCCGAAAGUCCUUAUUUUUUAACAAUGCGCGGGAGGGAGGCGGAGGCGGCGAAGAGCUUGAGAGUUUUCAAGGGCGUAAACGACGUGGACGAGGACAUGGAGAGAAUUUCUAAUGCGAUUACGGAACAGAAUACCGAAACCGGGAGGUUUUUGGAUCUCUUCACCGUGAAGAGCAAUCGUAAGGCCGUUCUUAUUGCGAUGGGAGGACGAACAAUGCAACAGUGCAGCGGAAUGCUGGCGAUUAGUUUUUACGCGCACACCAUCUUCGAAAGUGCCGGUAGUUCCGUGUCUUCGUCGAUGACGUCAAUCAUCUACUUCGCUGUGCAGCUGCUGAUGUGCAUCGUAUCGUCCGCCCUCGUCGAUCGUACUGGAAGGAGGCCGCUUCUGGUCUUCUCCUUGAUCGGCGCUGGAAUAGCGUUGUUUAUCGAAGGCACUUACUUUUAUCUACAGUCCGAUCACCCAUCUUUGGACGUGUCUCGUUACUCGUAUGUACCAAUCGUGGUACUCUUCGCAUUCGUUAUCAUGUACAGUGUGGGCCUGCAGACGGUACCCGUGCUGCUCUUGGGCGAGCUGUUCCCAACGAACGUGAAGGCUUUCGCGCUCAGUCUCGUGGACAUCAACUUCAGCCUGGUCGCAACGGCGGUUUCAAAAUUUUUUCAGGCCGUCAAGGACCACUACGGGAUGCACAUACCGUUCUUCUCGUUCGGCGUGGCUUGUGUCGUAGGGCUCGUCUUCGUGAUUUGUUGCGUGCCAGAAACCAAAGGCAAAACUUUGGAGGAGAUUCAGGAGGAGUUAAAAGGGAGUACCGCCAAUGACACGAGGCAGGUAGAGAGCUUGAGGAGAGUCGCCGUUGCGACUAUUGAUAUCUGCAGCAGCCCACGGGAACGCUUUUAGACACGUAGUGUUAGUUCCAUUUUCCUAGAGUUGACCCUUGGUACUACCUGGUUUUGACCCAAUUCUACAAGCACAAAACGAGUUAUGAUCUGGUUCCAAAUCUAAGAUGGUCUCCAGUUGCUUGAUUCUACUAAUCGUGAAUAGAAGGUAAUGCUACCACCUGGGCGGUUGAGAUCCUCAGGACCAGACUCGAAAACAUGCCGGAUACCGGGAAAGAUCUCGCGGGAGUCCUUAUUUCCGGGUCGCACCGCAAAUCGUUAAAAAGAACAGAGACCGUAAGGCAACAGCGGAUCUGACGAGCUUUAAAAGUCUUUGGAAACCCUCGGAGACAAUGGAAAACGUAAAUGAUUAAGGAUAAAGAUUUUUAACAAAUGCCCAUUGUUUUUGAAAACUUAAUGGCCUUUAAAGGCCCAUCAAACCUUAGCCUCAAAAUAAAUCUCGUAAACAACCUGAUCGGUGGUGGGGGUGUGCUUUCAAUCCUCUAAAAGCCCAUCAAACUAUUUGAUAGGUUUGGUGCUUGGAGUCUCCUAAAAUCUUCUAUCGGAUACCAUAUAGCUCAUAAAGUUUCUUAAGGACCCUCAAAGGUCUGUUAAAUGCUUGUAAUGAUUAAUAAAAAAAUUUAACC